AGACAUCCACAACUUCAACUCAUUUCAUUUCAGGUGAGAUUGCUCUUAGAAUGGAAAGCAGCAAGAUCAUCUCCACUGAAAAAGCGACAGUCGUCAUCCAAAUAAAUCCACAAGUGACACAACUUAGUAGUGAUGACGGACAGGAGGCCAAUACGCCUCUUCAAGGAUUUUUCAAAUCACAACCAAAGGCACUGGGGACUGUCCAGAUAAUGAUUGGAGUAAUAGUCUUCUUACUUGGUACUGUACUCACCUUCAAUGUGCGCUAUCAACCUGCAAUUGUGGUCUUUAGUGGAAUCACCUACUGGGGAUCUUUCAUUUACAUCAGUGCUGGAUCUCUGUCUGUUGUUGCACAGAAUCAUCUUCAUCUGUGUGUGGUGAAAGCGUCUCUUGGAAUGAAUGUGUUCAGUACCGUUACUUCAGGAAUAGCCAUUAUUCUGCUAGGCAUAGACUUUGGUCUACUGAUCUCUCCUUCAUGUGACUAUUCUUCUUACUAUGGAAAUGUUGGGAUCUGUGAAUUUCGUCAGGGGAUUUUUGGAAUUUUGCUGAUCUUCUCCAUCCUUCAGUUCAUUAUCUCCAUCUGUAUCUCAGGAUUUGCCUGUAAAGCCACCUGUAACAGUGAAUCAGUGGUCAAUGUGGCAUUAAAUCAAUCUAUUUAGCAGCUAUCAAGCAACAAGAUUCAAAGUCAGGGUUUUAGACUUCAUGGUUUAUGGAUCUUGUUAAACAAGAACGCAAGAAUAUUAAAACACAGUGAGGAGAUCGUAACAUCCGAAGAUUACACCGAGUUUAUAUGUAAUAAUCGUGAUUUUAUUUUUCUUCAUUUUUUUUGAGUAUCUGUCACAACAGAGCAAAGAUAUGCAUCUAAGAAUUUAGCUCCUGAAUUGAUCAAACACAUAAGCAAUAUCUGCAUAACUAGACAAUUACAAGAAAGAGAGAGUUUUUAUCAGGGGUGCAGCUCUACUUGCAUGUUGAAAUUUAUCUUAAGACAAAACAUCUAAUUGUAAAUCCUCAAUCCUGAUUUUUUUUUUGUCUGUGUACCGAAACCGAAAGAAAUUGUGACAUGUAAUAUUUAGAGCUUGUUUUAUAAAUAAAGAUAUGAAACAAAG